GGAGCCCGGAAGCGGGGAGGAAGGGGCGGUUCCCAUGGUAACCGCGGGCGGCGCCGGCGGCCGCCAUGUCCUUCAAGCGGGAUGGAGACGACCCUGGACAGCUCAGCGUGCUGCAGAAACAACGUGUUGCAGAUCUACUUGCCAACUACAUCCCUGAGGACGAGGCGCUGCUGCUCAGGAGCGGGAGGUACGCCUGCACCGUGUGCGCCCACCGCCCCAUCUUUGACACGCUGGACGUGCUGGCGGUCCACAGGGCCGGCAAGAAACACAUCGCCAGCCUGCAGAGCUUCUACGGCAGGAAGCGUUCGUUUGAGAACGAGGUGCAGAAGCGACAGCACGAGGAAUUUGUGCGGGCGGAGGAGGCGGGCACGCAGGGCUCCCCGGCCCCUUUGCUGGUGCGAACGAGGAGGAUAGCCCAGAGCGCUCUGCUGAAAGCUGCUCCCUACAGCAGCCGCUGCCGGAGGACCGGGGCGGACAGAAAGAGCUCGAAAGCGGGUACGACUCGGAUGGAGCCGAGCGCUGCCUCUGCGCGUGUCACUGCCAUGGGGCAGCCAGAGCCUGGGGUCUCCUUGCAGAGGGGCAGGGAGGCUGUGGACACCACCUCGGCGGCCCUGCUGCUGGGCCACCGCAGCAGGCGAGCAGCUCACGCUCCUCUCCGCUCUCCCAGACGCACCAAAGGCAGCUGCAGGCCAGACCCAGCGAAGCGGCAAAGGAAAAGCCUCGCCGUCACCUGCAAGCCAGCCCGAAGCCCUCAACCCCGAGAGACGCCAGGCCCUGGAGCGGUACCUGCAGCUCCGGAGCGCUGGCUGGAUCCAGGACCGCUCCGGCAAGUGGGUGAAGGAUGAGAACGCCGAGUUCGACUCCGAUGAGGACGAGCCGCCUGUGCUGCUGCCGGCCUGAGGCUCCUGUCCGUCCUGCCAGUGCCCAGAGGGAUGGCACCCCGGGGGCGCCGCCAGCCCUCCCCAAGCCCCGCGUUAAUAGAGGCAGCUGGAGGUGAA